AUGUUUCCAGCAGUUCAAUUAAAAAAAACAGUAUUCUUAAGACUUUCAAAAAUACUUUCAUUAUCAUCGAUUACAUCAAGAAGUAAAGCUCAGGAUCUAAUAAAAAGUGGAAAAAUUAAGGUAAAUAAUCAAAUAAUAAAUAAAAAUGUUUUAAUAGAUGUAAAUUCUAAUAUUGAAAUAAAUGGGAUUAAAGUAAAUGUAGACAUAAGAACUAAAUUAUGGGGUAUAUACAAACCAAAACAUGUUUUUUGCAAUACAGAUAAAAAUUAUGAAUAUGAAGAAAAAGAAAUUAUUAAUAAUAAGAGGAUGCUAAAAGAAAAUAAGAUAAACUAUCUAAACUAUGAUGAUAAAACACAUAUUAAAUAUCUAAAUGGUUGUAAUAAUAAUAAUAAUAAUAAUGGUAAAAUGGCAUUAAGUUACAAUAAUUAUAAUAAGACAUUAAUUAUGAAAGAUAAUUCAUUAAUAAAAAAUGAAACAAGAAUUCCUAAAACUUCUGAUCGAAUUUUUUUAGAACAUAAUAAAAAAGGAUUAUUAGUAAAUAAUAACAUAAAAGUACCAAACCAUUCAAAACUUAAUAUGAAUAUAUUUGACUAUAUACGAAAAAAAAAUAUAUUGUAUGAAAAAAAAAAUAAAAUAAACAAUUAUAUACCUGAGCAUUUAAUUAUUAUUAAUAGUCUUGAUUCUUAUAGUGAAGGAAUAGUUUUAUUUACUAAUGACGGAGAUUUUGCAAAAAAUUUAAAAAAUAUGAAUAAUAAUAUAUUAACAACGUACUUAAUAAAAGUGCAAGGUGAACUUUCUCACGAAAAAUUAAAAUUGUUAGAAAAAGGGUGCACUGUAAGAAAUAUACAUAUCUCACCAUUAAGUGUAGAAAUAAUAAAAUCAAAAUUCAUGAGUAAAUGGAUUAAAUUUACAUAUGUAGAGAAAUCAAAAGCAGACUUGGAUUUUUUGUUUUCUAAAUAUAAUCUAGACAUAAGAAAAUGCAAAAGAUUUUCAUUUGGACCUUAUAAAUCAUCAGAUUUAUCUGAAGAUUUUUUCAUGCCUUUAAAAGUGCAUUCAACAAUUAAUCAUUUAUUACCUAAAUAUACAUCAAAAUUAACCUUAACUGAACCAGAUGGUAAUAUCGUAACAGAUUCUAAUGAAAAAUAUGUAUACGUAAAAAAUUAUUUACAAAAUUCACUAAUUCAAAACAUAUAA